CUCCAGAGCAUUGCCGAGAAGGACAACAACCUGGUGCCCAUAGGAAAGCCGGCAUCCGAGGUGGCCCCUGGUAAUGAUGAGGAGGAGGAGGAGGACGAUGAGGACGACGAAGACAGCGAAGAGGACUCGGAGGACGACGAGGACAUGCAGGAUAUGGAUGAGAUGAACGAUUAUAACGAAUCUCCUGAUGACGGGGAGAUUAACGAG